CCACCUGACAGCUCCCUCUUUUGCAUCCAGGCCGAGCGCCUCACGGCUUUUUAGACCACAUUCUUCCUUGUUUUGGAAUUAUUAUCGAUUAUACUGUCCUUGGUUGGUAUUUGUGUGAUAAUAGUUAUGUAUUUGAACAGUAAGACUGCUGGCGUCAACUCGGGGCGGACAAAGAAGAAAGCAAGGACAUGUUCUCAUCCAUGUCCCGAGAAGAUCUUGAGACGGGCCUCCAGAAAGGCUGCCAAGAUGGUGGCGAGGAGAGAGAAGAAAGGCGAGGACCAGGCCUCCAUCCUGAGCCACUCGGAGAAGCUGAUGGACGACCUCAGCUGUGGACGGCGGGUGGGCCUGUAUGAGCUCAGGGGGGAGAUCGGCUCUGGUAAUUUCUCCCAAGUGCGGCUGGGAAUACAUGACCUGACCAAAGAGAGAGUGGCGGUGAAGAUCCUGGACAAGGUGCGCCUGAACAAGCGGACGCAGGCGCUUUUCACCUCGGAGAUCUCCUGCAUGGAGAAGCUGGCGCACCCCAACAUCGUGCGUCUCUACGAGGUGGUGGAGACCUUCAGGAGGCUCUACCUGGUGAUGGAGUACGCCGGCGGAGGGGAGCUCUUCUCCCGUAUCAGCACCAGGGGGCGCCUGUCCGACCUGCAGAGCAAGCUGGUGUUUGCUCAGGUGCUGGCCGCUGUCAAGCACAUGCAUGACAUCAACAUCGUCCACAGAGACGUGAAAGCUGAGAACGUCUUCUUCACCAGCACCUGCUGCAUCAAAGUGGGCGACUUUGGCUUCAGCACCUCCUGCCGCCCCGACGACAUCCUCCACACCUUCUGCGGCUCCCCGCCGUAUGCCGCGCCCGAGCUCUUCGAGGAGGCGGGCUACGUGGGGCAGUACGUGGACAUGUGGGCACUGGGCAUCCUGCUGUACUUCAUGGCGACCGCCACCAUGCCCUUCAGAGCCGCCAACACGGGCGGGCUGAGGCGGUGCAUCCUGCAGGGCUCCUACAGCGUCCCGACGUUCGUGUCCGACCCCUGCAGGGAGGUCAUCAGGGGGCUGCUGAGGCCCGUGCCCGCAGACCGCCUCACCGCCGCCAACAUCAUGGCCAGUGAGUGGAUGCGAGGUAUGGAAUACCCGCAGCCGUAUGCCGCCCGGCAAUCCACGCCCUCCCACCUGGCCGAGCCGUCCCGCAUCCUCGACGCAGACGAUUUAAACAUCAAAGCGGCGAUGGAAGAUCUGGGCAUCGGCGAGCUCCACCUCCUGGACCGCGCUAUGGACCUGAGGAGCCCCGUGACCGGCGCCUACCGCAUCUUGCUGCACCGUGUCCAGAGGAGGAGGUCGGCCGAGGCUGUGGGCUCCAGCUAUGUGGGCACCAAGCAGGCCCAGAAGCCGCGCCAUCAACUGGACGAGCGCCGCUCCGUGGUGUGUGUCAUCAUGUAGCGUUCUUUGCACGGACGCACGUUCCACGUCAUGGCUUCACUCUACGUUUAUUAUAGAAGACAUGUUCGAGCUAGUCUUACAUAUUUAGCAUAAACAUAGCUAAAUAAAGUAAAAUACAAAUAUAAGGCAUUGAGAAGAUGCAUUCAAAGACAUUGUAGUACUCUACACUCUAGUCAUCAGUAGCUAGCACUACAACAACAGGCUUUUAUUGCAGGUUGAAAUGACCUCACAUCAUCCCUACAAAAAUCCCUCAUAAAAACUGUUGAAACUCAA